AUGUUGAGUGGUAAGCUGCUGCUGCUGCUGCUGCUGCUGCUGCUCUUCUGCUCCUCCUGGGGAGAGGAGGAGGCAGCUCGCAGCAGUAGGCAGCGUCUCUCUGAACAGAGCCUCUUCGAUCAUCUGGGAAGCGUGGACGAGCAGCUCCUACGAAAAUUCCAAGACAACUUCAUCAGAUGCAACCGAGAAUACAACAGCGAAGAGGUUAUGGAGGCGAGGCAAUUGAGGAUUAAGGUCGACGAUGACCUUUUCUUCCAAGCUCAGGAUCUCUCAGACAACAACCAUGUGCUUGCCAAGAUGCUUCAUGAUGGCGUGCUCAAGAUCCAUCGUACGGGAGAAGCUUACGCUUUCUUGAGCGACGGCUCGGAGGAGAAGAGGUUGUCGACAGACCUCUGGUAUUCUUUCUCGCAGAGUGCCGCCAUGUCCCUCAGCUCGCACAGCUCCUGCGGCGUCAUAACCUCGUCGAACUUGGUUCAUCAGACGUUUCAUCUUUAUCUCUUCCACAUGAUCGCUGAAAAAUACCUCUGGCAGGAUUCAGAUCUCAUCGUGGAGUUCGGAGCAGGAUACGGAUGUGCCCGAGGAGUCUUUCCUCCGACCGUUGCUGAAGUUCCUCCAGGCCUCUGCCUCCUCCUCCUAUCAGCGGGUUUCAAGGGCAGGUACCUAAUCUUCGACCUCCCGGUCUUCGCUCGCGUGCAGACCUUCUACUUGCAAGCUCAUGGACAUGAAGUUCGCAUGCUCCCUGAGCAGCUCUCCAAGUUCUCCCAGGGGGUGCAGGGGGUCUACAUCGCAGUGAACCCUCGCGAUCUCGCGGACGCGCUAAGAGAGCUGGAGGAGCAGGCGGUUCGCUCCUGCUUCAUCGGUAUGUGGUCGCUUGCCGAGGCUCCAAGGGAAUCGAGAGAUCCUCUCCGCACCCUCCUCCCGCUCUUUUCCUCCGUCAUGCUCGGUUUUCAUGUGACGUGGGGAGGGAUCGACAACGACGAGUUCGUGGAAGAGGCGAGGAGAGACUUCGAGGUACUGGAUAGCAACGUCGAGCCCGACUAG